AGCAACCUUUUAAGAAAAAACCCUUCGAAAAACCUCAUAAUGGGUCUUCAGGGCUAUGUGCUCCUAACAAGCUUCAUGGCGGUUGUGUUGGGCUCAGUGAGCGAGAGUGGAGCUACGACACCACCCAAUUAUGGCACUGCUUCGCUCAACAGAAGCAGCUUCCCAGCUGGAUUCCUCUUUGGCACUGCCUCAGCCUCUUAUCAGUAUGAAGGUGCAGCAAAUGAAGGGGGCAGAGGGCCAAGUAUAUGGGACACUUACACUCACAAAUACCCAGGCAAAAUAGCUGAUGGAAGCAAUGGAGAUGUUGCGGUUGACUCGUACCACCGAUACAAGGAAGACGUUGGAAUCAUGAAGGAAAUGGGCUUAGAUGCUUAUAGAUUCUCCAUCUCGUGGUCUAGAGUUUUACCAAAAGGAAAGCUGAGUCGGGGUGUGAACAUGGAAGGUAUCAACUACUACAACAACCUUAUUAAUGAGCUACUAGCGCAAGGUAUUCAACCCUUUGUGACCUUAUUCCAUUGGGACCUUCCUCAAACCUUGGAAGACGAGUACGGUGGUUUCUUGAGUCCUGGCAUCGUGGAUGAUUUCCAAGAUUAUGUGGGUGUGUGCUUCAAAGAGUUUGGGGAUAGAGUGAAGCAUUGGAUAACACUGAAUGAGCCAUUCAGCUACAGUGUUGGAGGCUAUGGUAUUGGAUUGACCCCACCAGGUCGAUGCUCUGAGUGGCAAAGGUUGAAUUGCACGGGUGGUGAUUCUGGGAUCGAGCCAUAUUUGGUGUCUCAUUACCAGCUUCUUGCUCAUGCUGCGGCUGUUAAGUUGUACAGGGACAAGUAUCAGAAAUCUCAAAAGGGGAAGAUAGGGAUAACGCUAGUGUCGCAAUGGAUGGUGCCUUACUCAAGUGCCAAACAGAACAAAAAUGCGGCAUCAAGAGCGCUAGAUUUCAUGCUUGGAUGGUACAUGGAUCCAUUAACUCAUGGAGACUACCCACGUUCGAUGCGCUCUCUUGUUGAUGAGAGACUUCCCAAGUUCUCGCAGAAGCAAUCGGCCAUGUUGAAAGGCUCGACCGACUUUCUUGGGUUGAACUAUUACACUGCCAACUACGCCGCCGACUCUCCGCACUUGAUGGGCCCGAGCCCGAGCUACUUAACGGAUACCCGUACCAAUAUUUCGACUGAGAGGGAUGGCAUCCCAAUUGGUCCAAAGGCUGCCUCGGAUUGGUUAUAUGUGUAUCCUGAAGGAAUACGACGUAUUCUGCUGUACGUGAAGAAGAAAUACAGCGACCCUCUCAUUUACAUCACGGAAAACGGCAUUGAUGAGUUCAAUAACGAGACGCUGCCUCUCGAGCAACAGCUAGUCGACAACAUGAGAAUAGAUUAUCAUUAUCGUCAUCUUUCCUACGUUUUGAGAGCAAUCAAGGAAGGUGUGAACGUGAAAGGGUAUUUUGCAUGGUCGUUGCUAGACAAUUUCGAGUGGGGCAACGGGUACACCGUCCGGUUCGGCAUCAAUUACGUGGAUUACAAGAAUGGGCUCACAAGAUACCCAAAGCUCUCGGCCACUUGGUUCAAAAGCUUUCUCAAUAAACCCUAACAAUACACUCAAAUCUCAAUUUGUGGAUUUUCUAUUUGCAAACCGCAAAACUCCACUCUUCAAGUUGAUUAAAUGAGAUUUAUAUAAUUUUUAUUUCUUUUA